GACCGGGUGAAGAGAACUCCGACAAGAACACAGCACCAACAAUCGGCACAAUUUAUCGGCCAUCACAUAUUAUCAGAUAUCCACCAGUUUAACCUUGCUAUUGGGCUGUGGACUCACAUGGUGGGUCCCUUAUAUGGUCGCUGACCCUGUCCUAGGGAGUUGCAUUCAUAUAGCACGAAGGGACUGAGGGAGUGAUUCGCCUCGAGAGAGAGCGAGAGCGAGAGGGAGGGAGGCACGCAGAGAGAGAGAGAGAGAGAGGGAGGGAGAUGGCAAGGUUCAUGGAGCUAAUGAGGAAGGGAAGCAGCAGGCUCUCUCUUCUCAAACAGAGUUUCUCUUUCUCCACUCGGCAAGCCUUGGACUCCCAGGUGACCUCUCCAAAGAUAGGGGAUCUAUCUGGAAUCAAAAUCAAGAAGGAUGCCUCACAGCUUAUUGGGAGGACCCCGUUGGUGUAUCUGAACAAAGUAUGUGAAGGGUGUGAAGCCCGGGUGGCUGCUAAGCUGGAAUUCUUGCAGUCUUCUUUCAGCGUCAAAGAUAGGCCGGCCUAUGCCAUGUUAGAGGAUGCCGAAAAGAAGGGCCUGAUAACUCCAGGCAAGACAACACUGAUUGAGCCCACAUCAGGAAAUAUGGGGAUUGGGCUAGCAUGCAUGGCCACACUAAAAGGUUACAAACUUGUGCUCACCAUGCCCUCAUACACAAGCCUUGAGAGGAGAGUCACUAUGAGGGCCUUUGGGGCUAAUUUAGUACUCACCGACCCUACUAAGGGAAUGGGAGGAACAGUGAAAAAGGCAUAUGAACUCAUGGACUCUUAUCCUGAUGCUUUCAUGCUUCAGCAAUUUGAAAAUCCUGCUAAUGUCAAGGUGCAUUUUGAGACUACAGGUCCUGAGAUCUGGGAGGAUACUUUGGGGCAGGUAGAUAUCUUUGUAAUGGGAAUUGGGAGUGGUGGCACGGUGACUGGUGUAGGAAGAUAUCUCAAAUCGAUGAACCCUAAUGUAAAGAUAUAUGGAGUUGAGCCUGCAGAGUCGAACGUUCUGAAUGGUGGUAAACCAGGCCCUCACCUUAUUACUGGCAAUGGAGUUGGCUUCAAGCCUGGGAUUUUGGACAUGGAUGUAAUGGAAAAAGUUCUCGAGGUCACUAGUGAUGAUGCAGUGAAGAUGGCUAGAGAAUUGGCAAUAAAAGAGGGUCUUCUGGUAGGAAUAUCCUCAGGAGCUAAUACAGUUGCAGCACUCCAGCUUGCAAGAAAGCCAGAGAACAAAGGCAAACUUAUAGUGACUGUUCAUCCGAGCUUGGGAGAAAGGUACUUGUCAUCUGCAUUAUUUGAAGAGUUAAGGCAAGAAGCUGAAAAGAUGCAACCGGUGGCAGUGGACUAGCUUAAUUGCUUUAUUGUACGAAUAAACAUCGAGAGGACACGUUGCAGUGUCCAUUGAUCGUAUGGCAUCCAGACUGCUGUAGUUAUGUUUGAUCAGAAGCAAUCACAUCUGCAAAUGUGAAAUGUUUUACUUUACAACCUUGAUGUCGUAUACAGUAGUGACCAAUUAGUAUUUGUUCUUCAUCAUCAUCAAGUGCUCUGAUUUCUCCUUUGUCUUCUC